GUGACUCCACAUUACAUAGAGCUGCUGGUUCCUCAGUCAGACUCUCUGUUCUCUGUCCGCAGGUCAAAGAGACUCUGGGAUCCGGAUCCAACCUGCCGGUUCACCGCCCGCCUUAACACUCCGCCACCACCAUGAGGCUGUGGAGGGAGACUCUGGGUCUCCUCUUCCUGUGGGCCGGUCUGCAGGCUGCUCCCUCCCGGAGCUGCUCCUCCUUCUUCUGCCGGAGACCUCACCAUGUCAGCGGGCUGCAGGGAGUGGACCCCGGGGCCCCUCUCUUCCUCAGCCCCUACGUGGAGAAGGGCGCCAUAGAUGAAGCGAGGAAACUGAGUCUGGUCGGAGAUCUGCCGGGUGCAAACGUCAAGAGUCACGCUGGAUACCUGACGGUCAACAAGAAGUACAACAGCAACCUCUUCUUCUGGUUCUUCCCUGCUCUAAUGGCGAACCGAGAUAAAGCUCCGGUCCUGCUCUGGCUGCAGGGCGGGCCCGGGGGAACCUCCAUGUUUGGUCUGUUUGUGGAACAUGGACCGUACGUGGUGUAUGAGAACCUGACUGUUGGUUUGAGGGACUUCGCCUGGACGUCAAGAUAUUCAGUUCUGUACAUCGACAACCCGGUGGGGACGGGGUUCAGCUUCACGGACUAUGACCAGGGCUUCGCUCAGAACCAGGAUGAUGUUGGCAGAGACCUGUACAGUGCUUUAACACAGUUCUUCCAGAUCUUCCCUGAGUAUCAGGCCAAUGAGUUCUAUGCAACUGGAGAGUCUUAUGCAGGGAAAUAUGUUCCUGCCAUUUCUUACUACAUCCAUAAGAACAACCCCACUGCCAAGGUGAAGAUUAACUUCAUGGGGAUGGCUAUCGGUGACGGACUCUGUGACCCAGAGCUGAUGCUGGGUGGUUACGGUGAGUUCAUGUUCCAAACCGGCAUGAUAGACGAGCUGCAGCGGCAGUAUGUGGACCAGCAGACGGACCUGGGGGUGAAACUCAUCCAGCAGCAGAAGUGGGUGGAGGCCUUUAAGGUGUUUGACAGCUUGAUGAACGGAGAUGUGGAUCCGUAUCCCUCCUUCUUCCAGAACGCUACAGGCUGCACCAACUACUUUAACUACAUGACCUGUCAGGAGCCUGCAGACCAGGAGUUCUUCUCCCAGUUUGUGACUCUGGCGGAGGUGCGGCGGGCCAUCCACGUGGGGAACCUGACCUUCCACGACGGCUCGGAGGUGGAGAAGCAUCUAGUGCAGGACGUGAUGAAGAGCAUCAAGCCGUGGCUGGGCGAGCUGAUGGACAACUACAGGGUCCUGAUCUACAGCGGUCAGCUGGAUGUGAUCGUAGCGGCUCCGCUGACCGAGCGGUUCCUGCCCACCGUCAACUGGACCGGGGCGGCCGAGUUCAGAACGGCGCCUCGCUUCCACUGGAAGCUCCAGCCCAGCGACACGGAGGUGGCAGGUUACGUGAGACAGGUUGGAGAGUUUUACCAGGUGAUCAUCCGAGGAGGAGGACACAUUCUGCCCUACGACCAGCCGGCCCGGUCCUUCGACAUGAUCGACAGGUUCCUGUCCACACGGGGCUGGAUCUGAUCUGAUCUGAUCUGAUCUGAUCUGAUCUGAUCAAAGCCACUACAGAGAAAAUAUUGUUCAUUGACUGUUGAUUUGAAAGACUUGUGAUUGUCUCAUGAGAGUAAAUCAGCACUGUGUUGGAUCUGUGACAUGUAUUAUGGGACUCUUCUGCUCUGUAAAUGAAAUGAGUUGUUAGCUGGAUCCAGAUCUCAGAAUCACCGUCCACAUCUUCAGAUAGUAGAAAAUAAGAGAAAAUGACUGUCGGUCAGAUUAUCAGAUCUGACUUUCAUACAAACCAUUUCAUGUUUAUUUCUGUUUGAUUGUGAGCAGAAAUGUAUUCCGUUGCAUUCAAUCAGAAAACGCUUGAUGAUGAAAUAUGAAGAAAACACUUGAAACCAGAGUUGAAAUAAAAAGAGGAUUUUUUUCUAA